CAAAUUGUACAGUCAUAUUUUAUUAAACAAUACCGUUUCUUGUCCAACAAAACCAGUCCACAGUUCACAGAAGUAAAGAGAAAUUGAGGAUCAUUUAUGUUCAACCGAAACCAUUUUGCAGUCAAAACUUUGAGCUGAAAUUAUGGAAGAGGAUGGUAACAACAAACCCACAAUCCUGGUGACCAAUGAUGAUGGAAUCGAGGCGCCAGGUCUGCUAGGCCUUGUUCACGUUCUUGUCUCCACUGGUGAAUUCAAGGUUCUUGUGUGUGCCCCUGACGAGGAAAGGUCAGCAGUGAGUCAUGGUGUAAUUUGGGCUCACCCUCUCUCUGCAAAGCUAGUAGAUAUAGAUGGAGCAACAGCAUUUGCUGUUUCUGGAACACCAGCAGAUUGUGCUUCUUUAGGGGUCUCCAAAGCACUCUUUCCUUCAGUUCCUGAUUUGGUGAUCUGUGGCAUUAACAAGGGUAGCAACUCUGGCUAUCAUGUUAUUUACUCAGGCACAGUGGCUGGAGCUCGAGAGGCCUUCUUAAAUGGUGUUCCUGCUCUCUCUAUAUCAUACGAUUGGUAUGGUGGGCGUACAAAGGAUCAGCUGGUGAAUGUUCAAAGUGUUGGAGUAAAUAAGAGAAAUGCUGAUGAUUUCAAACUUGCUGCUGAGGUUUGUUUACCUAUUAUAAGAGGAGUAAUGGCUGAGAUCAAGAGUCAAACCUAUCCCCAGAAAUGUUUUUUGAACAUAGAUUUGCCAGCAGAUCUUGCUCGUCAUAAGGGGUUUAAGCUGACUAAGCAAGGUACAAGUUUAAUUAAAUUGGGGUGGAAGCAAGUUACUUCUGAAAUGCAACUGCAAGAAAGGAAAUUUGGGAGAGAUUCAGCAACAGAGGCAACAACUGAGACAGCAAAUGCAUCCCAAGAACCUCUUUUCUUCUUCAGAGAAAUAAGGGAACUCCAAUUCGACGAUGACGAUACAGACUACCGGUUUCUUCAGGAAGGAUAUAUUACUGUCACUCCUCUUUCUGCCCUCUCCCCUGCAGAGAAAGAUUGUCAAACCUUCUUCAAAGGUUGGCUGCCAAAUCUGUUUGACCAUCCUACUUCUUCACCAAUGCUCUGAGACUAGAACAAGGAAGCAUGUAUCUCAGCAGUACAGAAUAAAACUGCAUGAUCAUAUCGCUGCGUAAGUUGCUUAUUGUGACAAGAAAAUUGGUAGUAUUGUUCAUUGUUUAGAAUUGUCAUCUCAUUCAGAACACUGUACUUAGUUUUGUCCAAAGUUUUUUAAUCUGUUUGCCAUUAACAAUCUAGUAACAAGUACAUUUUAUGUACUUUUUCUGGAAAUCCUACUCUGCCCCACAGUUGAUUGUAUGGAGUAAUCAACCUGAUGUUUACUUCAGAACUUAUAUUCUUAUAUUAAUC